UCUUGAUCGCUGUCACAACUGCCGGCCGCGGCCACCUCCAUUGCCGGCCGCCCAUGGUCAGCAGCAGCCACGCGCUCCCUCCCUCCCCGAUCUCCACCUCCCUCGGCCGCAGAGUCAAACGGUGACAUGCGUAUAUAAGAUACAUCCAUGGCCAAUGCUGAUUGAAAAUUGCAGCCUAGCACGUACGUCAGCGAAAGAGCAGCGCGAGCGGCGGCGAUGAGGCUAGCGAGGCCGUACUCGGGGGUGUUCAGGGGCGGGGCAACGGCGCGGACGGGGCCGCACGCGCUGCCGCUGGCGCGGAUCAAGAAGAUCAUGAAGCGGUCGGCGGGGGACGGCAGCGGCGGCGACGGGGCCGGGGCGAGGAUGAUCUCGGGCGAGGCGCCCGUGGUGUUCUCCAGGGCCUGCGAGCUCUUCGUGGCCGAGCUCACGCGCGCCGCCUGGGCCGCCACGCUCGACGGCAAGCGCCGCACCGUGCACCGGGAGGACGUCGCGCAAGCCGUCCGUGACACCGACCUCUUCGACUUCCUCGUCGACGUCGUCAAGGACGAUGCUGGCCAUGAACACGGUGGUGAUGGUGGUGUCGGUGCUGGGGCCGGCGAAGGCGAAGGCCGAGCGCCGGCGUGUGACGAUGGCGACGGCGUGCUUUGACUAGACACUUAAUUCUUGAUUUGUGCAUGAGGGUUCAUGGUUGUGAAAUCCAACUGUAUUGUACGUGAUUAAUUGCACUAAUUUGCUAAAGUAAUUAAUACACAAUAUACACACAAUAGUGCUAUGUGCUAGCUGAUCUCCGUUGUAACUUAUGUUGCUUAUGUUCUCUUUUUACAACUUGUUACUAG